AAAGUGUAGUCCAAACACGGCCUGCCUGUUUUUGUUUUGUCUUCUUCCUCCACAAUCUCUCUCACUCACUUGUUUUCCCACAGCCAGAACCAACUUUGCCACCACCAUCACCCUCUCCCACCAGCCACGAUGCGUGUGAUUGCUGCUGUUGUGCUUGUUGCGGCGCUCGCCACUGCCUCCAUGGCAUGCGAGUCUGCCACCAACCUCAUCAAGCAGGCUGAGGGUUACCGCCCUUGCACCUACGUGGAUACCACCGGUCACAAGACCAUCUGCUAUGGCUUCAACCUGGACGCCGCGGGCGCCAAGUCCAAGGUGCAGGCUGUUGGCGGCAACUGGGACCAGGUGUACAACCACGGUGGCUGCCUUUCCCAGACCCAGUGCAACGAGCUCCUCGCCGGUGAGGUGUCUGCUGCCUCCACGAAUGCCCGCCGCAUCUUCGGCAACCAGUGCUCCUGCAUCGACGCCGUCGUCACGGACAUGACCUACAACCUCGGCUAUGCCGGUAUGUCGUCCUUCACCACCUUCAUCAGCCUGAUCAAGCAGCACGACUGGAGCAAGGCCGCCAGCGACGUCCGUGGCACCCUCUGGUGCCGUCAGGUCAAGUCCCGCUGCACGCGUGACGCCGGCAUCAUUGCCAACGGCUGCGCCACCUUCCUUGCCAAGGAGGCCAAGCUGGACGCCUAAACACGUCACCUGCCACCCACUUUCCACACACCACCCACCACCUUCCAUGUUGUUUUUUCUCUCCCUGCACUGACUGGCACCGUGCCCGUGCUUCUGUUGCCUGCAUGGAUGUGUGUGCUCCUGUGACUGCGCUGUUUACAGUCCACUGCUUUCCCACCAACUUGUUGUGACGGCGUGCCCACGCCAAAUUACUACACUCCAAACCUCAA